UCCCAUCAGUGUGUGCGAGGCUGGUGUCGGGAGAGGACACGCCAGGGCGGAGUGGUCGGGCAGUGUAGCCAACAUCCCGUGCCGCCUUGGCCCCUCAUAGUGUAUAGUGCUGUCCCUCCACGCCGCCAGGAGUACCCUACAGACGUGUGUGGGACGCUGUGCUGACGAGGAUGUAACGAACCAGAAGCAUCAGCGGUGUUUUAAAAGCGGCCCUAUCCCACCACCGCGCCAGAAGGAGGUGGUGGUGGUGGUGGUGGAGCUCGCUGGCCGCGGGAUGGCCACGCCGCGCCCCGCACACUGCCAGGUGACGGCAGCAGUUGUGGCCCUACGGUUACCUAACUGAGCGACUUGGAGGUUUUUGCAGUGGUGUCCCUCCGAGUGACGACUGGCAACAACGGCGAACUGAAACGACAAGUAAACGUCUCCCAAACGAUUGAUUUGUGUACCUGAAGUGACUCACAAGGACAAACUUCUUAGGUUGUGUCUGAGGAAGUGAAAAAUUAGAACUCUUUGUUUCUGCCAGGUGAGAAUCUAAGUGUUGCUGGAAAUUAUAUUGAACUCUUGAAGAUAUGUGCUCCUGAUUGGUCAUGUCCAGACAAUUGUGAACAGUGAACAUCCAGUGGUCAAGCGUCAGUUCCAAGCAAGCACGUAUCAAUUGAGGUCAGUGCAGCGCCAUAGGCAAAGUGCGCUACGAGGCGGUCCCCUGCCCUAGCCGCCCCCAUCAUUGCCCUUCUCCUCCUCCUAUAUGCAAGCUCCAGCAGCCGGCCAACGCUCCUCCACUCCGAAGGCGAGACCGGGUUUCUAUGUCCUUUUCCGUGGGCCCCGGUCCGUCGUAUGCAACCGCGGGGGCUUGGACACCUGACCAGGACUCUGUGGUGUCUGGCUUCACCGACGCCAGCCUCUACGCCUCCCUGCAGCGGCACCCUCAGUACUCGCAGCAGUCCCAGUACCAGUACCAUCAGCAGCAACAGCAGCAGCAGCAGCAGUACCAGCAUCAACAAGCCAGACAAAAGGCUUCAUUUGUCUCCCUCAGGAACGUCAAUGCUCGACCACUCCACAAGAGAGGAAGGCGGGUCAGUGAGAUGACGGCAGGAGCGGGUGGCGACGGCGGCAUGGGAGGGGAAGUGAUCGAGGUGCAGAUCCUCCCGCAGGAUGACAACUGGGGGGACAACACCACCGCUAUCACCGGCAACACCUCAGUCCGCUCUGAGUCCUUCCAGGAUGUGACCAUCAUUGGCCGCGACCAGGAGACAGGCGUCACCUUCACCUGCCAGCGGUAUGCCGGGUCAGCCCUCUGUGCGCUGGUGGCCUUGUUUGCCUUCCUCAGCCCCAUUGCUAUGGUGCUGAUCCCUCGCCUCAAUGUGAUUCAGCUGAAGAGUGAGCACCUCAAGUGUGACUCUGAGUGUGAUGGUCUCCUCAUCAGCUUCUCUUUCAAGCUCCUCAUCCUCCUCCUGGGAUCCUGGGCACUCUUCUUCAGACAGCCCAAAGCCACCAUGCCCAGAAUCUUCAUCUUCCGGGCACUGGUGACGAUGCUCAUAUUUGUGUUCACCUUCUCCUACUGGUUAUUCUAUGUGGUUCGCAUCCUGGAGAACAGAGAUGAGGUGCGGUAUCGUUCCAUUGUGUAUUUUGCGGUGAGUCUUGUGGAUGCACUGCUCUUUAUCCAGUACCUGGCUGUGAUCCUCCUGGAGCUGCGUCACCUCACACCUCAGUACAUGGUGAAGGUCCUACGCUCUCCAGAUGGAGAGAGCAGAUGGUACAACAUUGGGCAGCUUAGUGUACAGAGAGCCGCUGCCUGGGUGCUGGAGAAGUAUUACCAAGACUUUACUAUCUACAACCCCUACCUGGACCGUGUUCCUUCCAAGAAGAAGCCUCAUCCCUCCAACUCAUCCUUCAAAUACUAUGAUGUGGAUGGCAAUGAGGAGAAUCCCGAGAGCCACACUCGGGCAAUGCUCACAGCCAGUGCCCGGCGGAGGGACUCGGCCCACAAUGAGAGAUUCUACGAGGAGCACGAGUACGAGCGGCGGGUGAGGAAACGUAAAGCCAGACUCAUCACAGCUGCAGAGGAAGCAUUCACCCAUAUCAAGCGCAUGCACGAUGACCAAGGUCAGAGUACACCCAUGAACCCCCACGAGGCAGCCCAAUCCAUCUUCCCCUCUUUAGCUCGAGCUUUGCAGAAAUACCUGCGCAUCACCCGCCAGCAGCCACGCCACACCAUGGAUUCCAUCCUGAGCCACCUGGCUAUCUGCCUUGCUCAUGACAUGAGUCCCCGCGCCUUCUUAGAAAAGUACCUUGUCUCUUCACCUGUCAUGCAGAAUGACAAGGAGCAUCGAGGGGUGCAGUCCUGGGGCUUGGUGUGUGACCAGUUGCUAUCACGCCCCAUCAACGGUGGCACCAUUUUCCAGCUGAGACAAGCUGAUGUUUGUCUCCUGUGCAGCAUCUCCCAUAUACCCCACUUCUCAAUAGCAGAAGAGAUCAUCCAUCCAAAGAGCAAUAAGUUUGUGCUGCGGCUAAACUCAGAGACCAGUGUUUAGGAAAAUGUGUGUGAGUGUGAGAGUGAGUGAGUGUGUGGUAUGAAGUGAAAUCUUGGGUCCCAAAUACAAUGUCAUAUUUUGGCUCAAAAUUGAAUUUGCAAUUGCUAUGAUGACAAAAAUCUUUUAUUAUUCACUCUGACUGUUAUGUGUGUAGUUACCAUAUGUAGUGAGUUAUGCCAAAGUACUCAGAUGGUUUAAACUUUACCUGAGUAGAUGCAACCAGACAUGAGCACUGCUGUAAGAGCGCUGUGUGAAUCAUUUAGAGUGGGUGGAUGGCGUGAGAAUCUACAAAUGAUGUGAAAUUUUAGUUACCUUCUUAUGUGCAAAAUUAUUGGAGUACAGCACAACUUUCUUAGUGCACACACUGAAGAUGUUAAGCUGAUGGGUGUGUUGAAGGGUGCUGGGACUCCCUGCUGCAUAGAGGAGUGGACAGUGCAUGGAGCCUUAGUGCUGGCUACGGCUGUGUUCAAGUGAUCAGUGUUGCCUCAGUAAACUAAACCUCUUUUCAUAUUUAAAUAGUGCAUAUAUACAUACCGUACCUUGUGUACUUCAUAUGUAGUGUCACGUCUUUUGUAAGUCAGACUCCCAGUAUUGUCCUGAGGCUGGGCAGUGGUUUUUGACUCUGACCUUAUUAAUGCUUAAGCUCAAAGUGUACAUUUAGGUACUGAGAUGAGAGCGGAAAGUAAGUUCACCACUUUCUAGUCGUUUUCAGUGGGGAUUUGUGUUGUGUGUCAAGUACUUUGUGUUGUCAGUGUAAAAAGGGUUGUAUAGGGAGUUGUAAAAGGCCUUAAUAGUAGAAUUGUUAUGAUAUAUGACUAUAUAAGUUAUCUCAAUGUGUCUUAAAUCAGCUGCUUUCACUCACUGGAGCAGUCAUUCAGGGCCUGUCACCAUUACCACCACCACCACCACCACCAUCUUCAUGGCUUCACUUGCUCUGCUAUUGGUGGUUCGGAUUUGCAAUUUUACAACUGCUAAUCUUCAUAUUCUUGAACAUGUUACUUUCGUCCUGCCUCUCCCCACCACCACCACCACCACCACCAUGACCCCUUCUUUAAUGUCCCUCAGUCUGUGUCAGUGAUCUCAGUGUGUUGUGGUGGAGUGGUGUGUCUUCUGCCCAGCCUGCCCUCAGAAUGCCCAAUGUGAAAAGUAACUAGCAAAUUAAAAAGUGAUGUAAUAACUUAUUUUUAACUGAAUGUAUCUUUCAGAUUCUAAGUUGGAUUUGUUAUAUAUAAUUUUUUGGUCAGUUUUCUGUCUUUGUGGAUAGCCUUGAGUCACAACUUGUAAAGAUGAAGUAUUGUAACAAAAAUUAAGCAUGACAUUUGAUACACUAAGGAAUUGAUCACAAGCAAGACAAUAAAGGCAUUAAACAUAUAUAGGAGUGGCAGGGAAUUGAGCUAAGAGGACUCAUGAAAUACAGGACACUAGCAGUCAAAGCAAAGCAAGCAGCAAGAUCAUGCAGCACUGGUUUGAGUGAUGAGGGAACACUGCUUAUCCCACCAAGGAACUGUUGUGAGCUGUAUAUUGAGAAACUUACGACUGAGCCCAUCAAGGCCUAAGACUAGUUUUAACUUCUUAACUAUAUUAUGUUUCCUCUUCAUUUAUGUAAUUCUUUCUGUGUUUGUAAUCAGUAAAUGUCUCAUUAAGGUUUGUUUUAGCUGUAUGUGUUUCCUCAGUUCUCUUCAGUAGCAUUCCCUUCAGAGAUGACAGAUCCUCAUGAGGGAAAGCCAUAUAUACAUUUCUUCAUUUUCUCAUUUGUCAUACACUUCAUUGAUCCACACCAUCUACCAACCACUGUAAUAAUUUUUAUUCUUACUUGCCUUGAGAGGGAUUUGAAGCCAGGAGUCAAGUUAUCAAGGAGUGGUUAGGACUGAAGCCUUGAUAGGACAUCCAAAGUAUAUGAUUUUAUGUGUCAAGCUCAAGUUUAGGUUUUUCAGUUGUAAUUGUCCCAUUUCUACAGGAAUGUCUAAUUAUUUCAGAUGUUAAGAAAAGUAAUAAUUUCAAAUGGAUUACUUGUACAAUGAAUCCUGGAAUAAAUAGUGGUUCAGAAAUUGUAAAAACAAAGUUGAAAGUGUUUAUUUUUAUGUAUGGUAAGUUUAUUUCCUGUUUCGGUAAUGAUGCAUGUGACUAAGAACUUGAGAACUAUACAUUAUUCACUCACCCAGCUAUGUAUAAUGAAAGAUUUUGUAUGAGAGUGCAAUAACCUUAUUUGUGCCCAGCCAAAGGAUUUUCUGUCAUGUAUAUAAGUGUACAUAUUAAUGUUAUUAUUUUUUUAGCUUAAAUAUUAGGUUGCUAUUUAUUUUUAGUUAUGUAUUUGUACAAGGAAGCUGUCACCACCGAGACUUGCUGAGCUGGUCCCACACUGCUGGCCACUCAGCGGUCCUGGUCUGAGAGUGGGAAAAUACAUCACGGUCAGUCCUGGAAGAAAAAUACUCAGAGAAUCAUGUGUUUCAACUCAAGAAAUCUAUCAGAAUGUAGAAUUGUACUUAUAAGUAUACCUAAUCUCAUUUGUAAGAAAUGAAUCCUGGAAGAAAAUACUCGAAACAUCUCAUAUUUACUAAAAAAAGUUGUUAUGUAAGUGUACUUGUAAGUGUAACUCUCCAGUGUAAGAAGUAAUAUAUAACCAGAGUUCUAUGUCUUUGUGUGUCAAUGACGUGCCCAAAUGUGUGGUGUUACCCACUCCCCGUGUCACCCAGCUCAUGCCGUCAAGUGGCACUUGUCUUGCCCCUACCAAACUAAGUUCUCAGACACCAAGAAAUGUAAUUAGAGAGUGAAGUUGUGCCAGCCCAGUAUAGAUCAGCUGGUGUGUGCCACUCAAGGGCUUGCCAUAUGUUUACUGCAGUCAUGAGUUGUCAUGGUGAAGGACUGGUGGUGGGCAGGACCUGCUGGGAGGGGAUGGCAUGUACCUUCAAAGAUUGGAGAGGGAAUACUUAACCCAAUUCUUGAAAAGCAAAGCAGAUAUUAUAAUUCUAACUGGUUGUUAUAUGAAUAUUUAUUUUAACUUCAAAUACACUACCAUAAGCCUCAGUGUUUACUCAGAGCAGUUAAUAAGUUCUUAGGAUAGCAUUUUCAUUGUACAAAUUAAUGUUAUGUAUGUUUUGCAUUCCCACUGAGGCAGAAACAGUGGCUCCCUCCCUCCCCAGCCCAGCCACCAGGCAGCCAUGCCAACAACACCUUCUCAUUGGUUGAUUUGUGGUCUUCUUGGUCAUAUCAAGUUGUAAAAUAGAAUAGUACAUGCUGUUUAUAAUCAAUAAUAAAAGGACUGCCCAUA